AUGCACUACCAGAAGGGCCUCAGCGACCAGGACUUGUGCCACGAGAGCUCGGGCUGUGCCGGGACAUGGCCCAGAUCCAGCGGGAGCUGCCACGAAAGCCCCGGGAGCCUCAGCCACGACCUUGAUGGGUCCUGCCAGAGCGCUUCCCAGGGCUGCCAGCCCCCCGAGCCGUGCCCACCCCAGCAGAGCUGCCAGCCCCGCCGGCGGGUGGAGGUGAACCACACACCCCCCCCGUGCCCCCCGCCCGCCAGGAUCCACCGCCGGCCCCUGCAGCAGUACCGGCCCUCCCCGCCCUGCCAGGACCAGGAGUCCUGCGGGAAGCCCAGGAGGAGGGUGGAGCAGAGUCCCCCCGAGGAUGACAGUCCCCCCGUGGUCCUGCAGCCCCUGCCCCUGCAGCAUCGCCGCCCCUGCGUCCCGUGUUGCCCCCCUCCUGUCCAGAGGUGCCACCCACCCGUCCAGAGGUGCCACCCACCCGUCCAGAGGUGCCACCCACCCGUCCAGAGGUGCUGCCCGGCCCCCAUCCCCCUGCCACCACACCCAGGCCACCACCAGCAAAAGCAGGUCACUCUCUUGCCACCCUGUGUGCAGAAGUGCUGA